CUUAGCAUUUUUUAAGCCACUCAGAAAUCAAUUUUAAUGUGUGUUUUCAUCACUAUUAAAUAACCCAAUAGAUCGAGGCAAAAAUCUGCCAAGAUUUCUGUGGAGUCGUGUGGGCACAGAUUCGCUGUGUGCCUGGCCAAAGUCUAGCUCAUUCUGAGAUCGGAACAGAAUGCAGUGUGUUUACUGAUGUUAUCUGUGAAAUCCAGACUGUCAAUAUAGCAGUAUCUUUCUACUGCCCGCUUCGGGAAAGCAAUUAUUUCAUCUGAUUCACACAUUAAGCACAAUUUAGAAAACAUGUAACCUCUCUGUUAUUACCCAGUCUAGCUGACUUUGAUGUUUGCAUUAGCCUUACUGAAAAACAACAAACAGUGCAGGAAAUCUGUUGGAUGUGAGGAUCAUUUGCAUAACAAUGCCCAACUCUUAAUACCCACCAUGCAGGCACCCACACACACACACGCCCCACCUACAUUCUGAUCAAGAGGACUGUUUUAGAGCUUAUUAACUUGGCAUAUUCAAAAUAUCGCACGCACGGGCACUUUAACAUCCUCACCCCACUGAUGGAGCUGCCAUUUAGUAGAAAUGGAGGAGACAAGGUGAAUCGGUUAAACAUGGCGAAGUAAAGAAAGACGAAACCCGGUUCUUUAGGUGAGUAGAUCUCUAAUAUGACAUAACAUUUUUUAUUGUGAUUAUACCAAGCUUAAAUAUACCUUAAAGGUCAUGAACGUGCAAUAGUAACACUAAUAAUAAUUAAUACUUGUAUUUUAAUAAAUCUAUAAUUAUUAUAUUUUAUUUAGUAUUGUGUUUUUACCUUUCAAAUGUAUAUUUUUAAAGUAUAUUUUUAGUCUUUAAGCAUUCAUAUCUGCUAUGUCUAGAUCAACUCCAGCAUUGUUAUUUAUUUCUUUAUUUUUUUACGUUAUCGUGAACGCCGAAUGUGAAGUGUUUCCCUUUUGUGACUGACAGGUCUGUUCGUCUCCUCGUUAGUGUGGGAAGGUUGAACAGCAUGGAAAACUCCUCGGAAUGGAGCAACUUUUCACUCGACUCUGAUUUGGAGCCCUGUGCUACGUUGAGGAGCUCCGGCUCGCGAGUCGCCCUCUAUGUCUUCAUCAUCUCUGGGAUCGUCUGCACCGUUGUCGGCAACUUCCUGGUGGUGCUCGCCAUCGCUUACUUCAAACAGUUGCAGUGUCCUACUAACUCUUUCGUCAUGUCUCUGGCUGUUGCUGACUUCCUGGUGGGUCUAGUUGUUAUGCCGUACAGUAUGGUCAGAACAGUUGAGGGUUGUUGGUACUUCGGCCCAACCUUCUGCCAUCUUCACUCCAGCUUGGACGUUAUGCUCUGCACGGCCUCCAUCUUCCAUUUGAGCUGCAUCGCUUUUGACCGCUAUUACGCCGUCUGCAACCCCUUGGUGUAUUCGUUUAAGAUGUCCCAUAAGCGUGUGGGUCUCCUGAUUGUGGUUUGCUGGGCCAUUCCUUUCCUCAUCUCCUUCUGCCCAAUCCUUCUCGGGCUGCACAAGCUAGGUAUGGACAUUCCUUUGCCUGAAAACGUGUGCAUCUUCUUAGUGAACCGCGUUUAUGCCGUUAUGGCGUCUCUUGUAGCGUUUUAUCUGCCUAUGGUGACCAUGUUGGUGGCCUACUGGAAAAUCUACAAAGCUGCAAAGCGGCAAGCCAUGCAGAUAAGCGCGAUGGAGGCGCAGAUGGCGGCAGGUGUGGGCAAGGACUCAAGCAAGAAACAAAAACAUCGCAACUCAAUAAGGAGGGAAAGAAAAGCAGCCAAAACUCUGGGUAUUAUCAUGGGCGUUUUCCUUCUUUUCUGGUUGCCGUUCUUUACUGUUAAUAUCGUCGACCCGUUUAUUGAGUACGGGACUGCUGCUGUUAUAUGGGAUGUGUUCCUGUGGUUGGGGUAUGUCAACUCCUCCCUAAACCCUUUCCUCUAUGGCUUCUUUAACAGGUCCUUCCGUAGGGCUUUCCUCAUGAUAAUGGGCUGCAGAAUAUGUCUGCCUGGCACAGCUCAAGGAAUGGACCUCUCUCACUCGAAAAGAGAUGUCACUGACAACCAGUAGACUGUAGUGGAAGUUGUCAUCUGUUUUAAUGAAAUGUUCCUGUCCAGCCCAUAUGGCAAACUAUAUAUAAAAUAUUGUUCAAAUAUAGACUUUACCACAUAUGCCUUAUUCCAAUGUUACAGUAGAACAGGAGCAGUUACAUAUAACUUAUAUACUUUGCUUUAUAUACUUAAAUCCAAGAAAAUGCAUUCACAUGUUACAUUUAAAGAAAAACAAAUGCGUUCUGUGUAUAUUUAUUAUGUAUAAAGACACAUACAUGC